AUGUUCAAGAAGCUGCUCGGUCGGAAGAAGACCAACGGAGACGCCGUCACUGACCACCCCGAGUCCGCGCCCACGCCCGACAUGUCGGCCGUCUUGAAUCCGUCCGAGCUGAAUCCCGACCGCGCGGCCUUCCUCCAUGGCAAGCUCACCAUCUGCAUCCUCGAGGCCCGCAACGUCGAGGGCCGCAGCGCAGGCUUCCUGGGCAAGAUCGAGCGCGUCGUCACCAGCUCCAUGGACGGCGUCGACCCCUACUGCUCCGUCAAGCUCGGCUACAACAAGAUCUUGCAGACUCCCGUCAUCCAAAACUCGGCCAGCCCCGUCUGGAACGUCUCCACUACCUUCGAUGUCGCCCAUGAUAUAGACGCCCUCGAGUUUCGCAUCAAGGCCGCCAAGCGCGGCGGCCCGCUCUCGCUCAUCUCCAAGGUUAAGCAUCUCUCCAUGCUUUCCAUCCCGGCCGCUGAGAUUGUCGAGAAGCGUACCAUGUCGGGUUGGUUUCCCUUGGGUGUCUAUCAACGUGAGGUCGUCGCAGAGGGGGGCGCCGGCGAUGAGGAUUCUAGCGAUUCUGACAUCGAUCCAGAUGACGUUCCCGAAGGUUCUUUGGGCGAUUUGCGCAUCGAACUCAUAUAUACUCCGGUCGCUCACUUGCCUGACUUGGCCCAAGUCGCCGUUCCCGACACCUAUUUUCCGGUUCGGAAGGGCAUCGACGUCACCAUGUAUCAGGACGCCGAUUGCAUUCCUGGCCAUCUCCCACAGAUCCCAUUCCGCCCGCAAUUUCAGCAUUCGAGGUGCUGGGUCCAACUCGCAAAGGCCAUCAUGUCCUCUACAGAGUUGAUCUAUAUCACCGGAUGGGCCGUCUGGCCUGAGCUCGUCAUGGUCCGCACGGACUGUGAAGGCGAUGAGUGGAAGGGUCUCACCUUGGGCGACAUGCUCAAGCAGAAAGCUCAGGAGGGUGUCAAGGUUCUUGUCAUGGUUUGGGAUGAACUUGCUAGUGGUAUGUUCUCAAAGGGCCUUAUGGGCACGCACGAUGAAGAAAUUAUUCCCUACUUCAAAAAGACAAAAGUUAAGUGCAUCAAGGUUGGCCGUCAGAAUGCCAAGGAUGGUCCAUUUUCCGACCUCAAUGACUCCAUUUUGUUCACACAUCAUCAGAAGACCGUCGUCGUCACAAGACGCGAUAAUGAAACAGGCAAGAAUCGCGUCGAGGCAUUUGUUGGAGGUCUCGAUCUCACCGAUGGUCGUUACGACAAUGGCACUCAUAGCUUGUUCAGGACUCUGGAUGGUCAUCAUGCACUUCCUGACUUUUGGCAAGCCUGCGCCCUCGGUACUGCCCCAGAAUCUGGCCCUAGAGAGCCCUGGCAUGAUAUCCACAGUCACAUCACCGGCACGGCAGCUUGGGACGUCAUGACCAAUUUUGAGGGUCGUUGGGGUCGUCAGGCCCCAGACAAUGUAAAGGGCAUGCUCCAUACUCAUCCUGCAGACACCUUUGUCCAGCCGAGUGAAGAGGAUGAGAUCCGAGAUGGCGAUUGGAACUUGCAAGUUUUGCGAAGCAUCAACGAAUCAUCCACUACGCUCAGCCCGGAUAGACCUGGUCUUUACGUCCGAAGGAAUGCCUCGAUUGACCAAAGCAUUCAUCAAGCCUAUGUCCACAACAUUCGCAGCGCCAAGCAUUUCAUUUUCCUCGAAAACCAAUACUUUCUGGGAUCAAGCCAUCUUUGGGAUUCUGGCCAACGAGGUGGUUUUGCGUCCAACCUUAUCGCCAUUGAACUGGCAGAAAAGAUCUGUGCCAAGAUCCGUGCCAAUGAACGAUUUGCCGUAUACGUCAACAUUCCGCUGUUUCCCGAGGGACCACCUGACUCGGGCGCCGUCCAAGAAAUCUUGUCUCAUCAACGGAAGACCGUCAACUUGAUUACAUCAAGGAUUGCCAAAGCUAUCGCGGAAACGAAUAGUGAUACAUCCAUUUCAGACUGGUUCAACAUGUUUUGCCUUGUCAACCGGGAGUCCGAGGAAGGCGGCCAAGGGAACGGCGGAACUACUCCAAUGGAAAAGACGCUAUCCCAGUCGCGUCGCUUUAUGAUUUACCUUCAUAGCAAGUUUGCAAUUUUUGAUGACACAGUCGCUAUCAUUGGAUCUGCCAACAUCAAUUCUAGGUCUCUGGAUGGUUCUCGCGACACGGAGAUAGCGAUCAUGGCAUGGCAAGAGGAGCAUGUGGCGACUGGUUCUAUUGGAUUCAGUGAUACUGGGCGACAAGAGGACUCAUAUCCGCAAGGCGAUGUGGCGGCGUUUAGAGCGAGUGUCUUCUGCGAGCAUCUGGGUGACUACUACCCCGAGUUUGAAGAGCCGUCUUCACUCGGCUGUGUUCACAGAGUGAGGAAGCUUGCAGAACGAAACUGGCAUCAUUUCUCGGAUGAUGACAUGACGGAAGUGCAAGACAUGCCCUACGGGCAUCUUUCGUUGUACCCCUAUGAAUUUGAUGACCGAACGGGAGAAGUCUCAGCGAAGAGAGAGUUUAUGCCCGACUUCCCGGCCGCCCUCGUCAAGGGUAAGGCUACUCCAGGCAUCCCCAAUAUGUUGACCGGAUAAAGAGAGUUCAUGUAGUGUGGGGCCAAAGACAUAUCUUGCUGCGAAAACUGGUCCUCAGCCUUGUCGUGACGGCAAUGCGGUCGACGUUGAGUAAUUAAUGGGCAUCCGAAAACGGGCUCUCCUUGGCUGUGCACUUUCUAGCCACUUUCAUUUGCUUUUAGGUGACACCUGGCCCUACUUUUUAUUAAUAAAAUGGCCCCAAACCAAAA